UAUGUCAAAAUUAAUGGCAUCUGUCAUCGACUUAGCGCAAGAGCUCGGCAGCAAUCGCUUAGCUCGUAGUGUCCUCGCCGCUCGCGGCAGGUCUAUUAUAACACCCAGCCUGGGUAGCAUGGCGGGAGCGCACCCAGAACAUGAGCGGUCCACUCCUGGCACGCCAGGGAAACCCAGUGCUCACGGCCAGGCACGGCGAGGCAAAAGCGGCGGCGGUCGUUGCCCGGCUGAGGCGGUCGUGCGACGGCAACGAGCGCGCUCCGUGUUCUUCGCGGUGGGGCGGGGGGCUGCGGUGCGCGAGGACAGAAAGCGGGCGGCGGAGCUGUUUGGCGGAUAUAUUUUCGACACGCUGCUGGAGCUGCGGCCGCGGCUGGCGCUGGUGGAAGUGCCGCGCGCCCCGCUGGAGGAACUCGCACAACAGCAGGAUAUCGCUGGCAAGCUACUACUUUCCCCUCCGGCAGACGUGCAGAGCCGCUGCGCCGCAAUGAGUGCCGCGGGCGUAGCAUUGGCGCAUGCGGGCAGCAGCCGGCAGCAUGGCAGUAGCUGCAAGCUGCAGCCGCGGAAGCGCCCGGCCGACGCGGAAGCCACGGCCGCGGUGGCAUUAUGGACCCGCGCCGCGAAGCGGCUGUGCUCGACCGCGCCCACAGAAGCAACGCAGGCUUCAUUAGGGACGGAUCUAAGACUGGCGCCGAAAGGGCUCGUGGCUGCCAAGGCGCAAACUAGGCGAGAGCGCUUCAGCAGAGGGAUUCGCGAGGAGCGCGGGGCUGCCUCGCGGCAGCAGGAACCGCUGGCCAGCACUUCAUUUGGUGGCUACAGCAAAGAAGGCAGUGAUCGCAGGCACUACUGGCGGCGGCCGCAGCAGGAGCCGCAAGACGGCGGCGGCACUGACCCGCCGGUGGAGUCCGGCGACACGCGUGGCGGCGAGGGAGACGGCGAGACGGGACGACAGGCGCAGGAGGGAAGGCAGGAGCGGCAGCAGAAUCAGAGCCGGGGACAGGCAGGCAGCGGCGCUGGCGCACAUGGCGGCCGUGAGGAGGCUCUUGGCGGUGGCGAUGGCGGUGGCACUGGCGAUGGGCAGCAAGACAAGGCGGCGGAGGGGGAGGACUCACAAGCGCGGGCUAACAGUGAUGACAGCAGCACAGCCAAACGGCCACCCCAGAGCGUGACCAACCUCCACGUCACCACCCACCUGGACUUGGUGGUGCCUCCGCUGCUGUCUGCUGGUGGGGCCGCUGCUGUUGCUGCUGGCCACGCUGGCGAUGGCAUUGUGGGCGGUGAAAGCGCCGGCGGGGGUGGAGGCGGUGGAGGCGGGGGCAGGGGUGGUGGGAGCCGCGGCACGGGCGAUGGAGAGCGUGUGAGCGCUGGUGAGGGCGAGGGCAGCAGGGCGGGUGCUGCUGCUCAGAUGGCGACAUCCAUCUGCCUGGCCUUGCCGCCCGGAGUAGCGGCGCCGGCCGUUGCGCUGACCAAGUGGCAGACGUCCUCCAAGUCAGGCUUCGCCGACGUGCUGCAGCCCGGAACGCCCGUGCUGCUGUCAGUCAGCACCAAGCAGCCCGACUACGCCCGGCACCUGGCGCCGCACAGGCCCAGAAUCCCGCCCAGUGCGGUGCUGCCGUCGCGGGCGCAGCGCAACACGGCCGCAGAGAUAUUCGCGGUGACGCGAGUGCGGCGUGUGGUGGUGGUGCCAGUGGAGCCGGCGCCGGCUGCUGACGCCGAGGGUGCAGCAGCUGUUCGAGGAGGCGGAGGCGGUGCCGGAGGCAGCGGCGGUGACGCGAGGGCUGCUGCUGCAGCGGCCGGACCUAGCAGCGCCAGUGCAACUAGCGCCAGCAUGGGCGGUGCUGCCGGCAGUGGCGGCGGUGCUCGUGGCGGUGACGGCGACCCUGCAGGCCAAAAGUGGAUGGAGUUGGACCCUGCCAGCUGGGUGUGGAUCAACUCGCCCCUGGAGCAACUGCAGAUGGAUCUGGUGUUGUCCACCAAGAGCGCCAGCUUUACCCGCAACACCCACAAGACGGCGGGGCGUACCGCGGUGGAGGUGGUGCGACACUACGCCGACGCGGUGGACGCACUGCUGCAGCAGAGCCGCGCAGCAGCAGCCACCGCCACCUACGCGGCUGCACCGGCGCCGGCACCGGCGCAGCUGCCCGCUGGCGCCGUUACCACCGACCGGGAUGGUGGGCGCGGCAGCGGCCCCGGCACGUCUAGGGUGGCUGAUGCAUGUGGGGCUCCCGGCGAAACCGCGGCUGCCGGUGGAUCGGCCGACGCGAUCAGCAGCCGCCAGGCGCUCUUGCCGCCGGCGCCAUUACUUCCGUGGGGCAUACUGCCGCCGAUGCCGGGCGGCAGGUUCCUCGCCGCCUUCCCCGAGGCCUCAGCCACCGCAGCACUAGCCGCGCCCGCUGCUGCUGCUGCCGUCACUGAUGGUGGUGCUGCAGUCGCUGGUGCUGGCCCUACUGCCCCUGGAGCUCGUCCUGUUGCUGCUGCGGAUGUGGUAGUGGAGCGCCACGGCAGUAGCAGGCAGCCGCCACAGCUACAGCCGCAGCCACAGCCCCGGACGCAGUCGCAACGACAGCAGCGCAGAGAUGCUGGAGGUCCGCAGGAGCCGCCGCCGCCGCCACUGCUACAGCCCCCGAAGCCACGGCUGCAACAGCCUCAAGCGAUGAUGCAGCAUCAGGCAUCAAAGCACCCGCGGCAGCUGCUCAACACGGCUACAGCCGCGGCCGCGGAGGUGGUGGCUGCAGCCACUGCUACUGCCGCCACUGUGAGCUGUAGCAAGCGCGGCAGUCCGCUGGGUGGUGGCGGCGGUGGUGGUGGGCGUGGCGCGGACGCUACCAGUGCUGCCGCUCGUGCUGGUGCAGGUGCUGGUGCCAGUAGCGAUGGGCUGCGACAGCCGACUACGGUGGUGGUGGCUGGUGGUGGCGGCGCUGGCACGCGUGCUGCUUGUGGCGGGGCCGUUCGUCCCCGUGCGCCGGCAGCGGAGACGGAACCUGCAGUUGCCCUUGCAUCGCUAGGAAUCGCAGCCGCCGCAAAGCCCACAGCCGGGGUCCUGUAUGGUGAUGCUGCUCUGCCCCUUCCGCUGCUUGCGCCCCCUGGUGGUAGCGCAAGUGCGGACGCCGGCCGGCGCCGGCUGGCUGACGAGGUAGCGGCGGUGGCGGCCGAGGCGGCGGAGGGGCAGCAGCAACAACAACAGCAGCGCGGCGGAGGGCUGUUGGCUGCGCUCAUGGGGCGGGCUGACAUGGAGGGGAUGCAAGCCGCCGCCGCGACCGCUGCCACCGCCGCGACCACGGCGGUUGUGGCCAUGGCAGCUGGCGCUGCUCACCCAAUCGGUCAGUCUGCCGCAGCCGCGCCGUCCCAGCGGCCUGCAAAGCAGCAUGGGCGCCCAAGUCGCAGUCGCCAGCCGCACAUGCCGCUACGCCAGUCGCCGCCGUCGCAGGGCCGGUCAGCUGAGGCGGGCGCCGCCGCACUCCUCAUUCCCAACGGCGCCAGGGAGGCCAACUUCAGCCAGGGCCAUGCUCCAAGCCAGGGCAAGGACCAGGCGCUUGCAGCAGGGCAGCGGCAGAGCAGCAUUAGCGAGCUGCUGAGCGGCGCGCGGCGGGUGUUUGAGGCGAACCAGGAACUCGUGGCAUCCAGGAGUGCUGCGGCGAAGCAGAAGACGGCGGAGGCGGCCCGGCGGGAGAGGGAGGCGGAGAAGCGGGUGCGGGAGGCGGAGCGGCGGGCGGCGCAGGCAGAGCAGCUGGCUGCACAGGCGCAGGCGCGGGAGCAGGAGGCGCAGCAGGCGCGAGCUCAGGCGGAGCAGCGGCAGCAGCAGGCGGAGAAGGAGCGGGACGCGGCUGUUGCGGAGGCGACGGCCGCGGUGGCGCGGGCUCGGAAGCUGGAAGCGGAUCGCGAGGCGCUGCGGCAGCAGCGGGACGCGAGGGCGGAUGAGUCGGUGCUGCUGCAGAGGCAGUUGGAGAAGAUGACGGAGGAGAUGAAACGGCAGAACGCCAAGCUCAAGGCUGAGGAGCUGGAUGGGCUGGAGGAGGUGGCGGCAGAGGAGGAUGAGGUGGGAGAGGGAGAGGCGGUGGAAGACGGCGAGGAGCAAGAUGCUGGCAUGGGACUGUACGGGAUCGGGCGCAGGGCUCCUAUCUUAAUGUCUCCAGACAUUAAUGGGCCAUUUUGGCCGUUUCCUAGACAUUCCUUCCGGGGGCUAAUGUCUCGGGCGAGACUUUGUUGGCCCGGGUUGGGGGCCGGUUUUGUCCGAAUUCCCAUGGAGAAGCUCCCCAACCGCCAUGUGCCCAGACAAAAGACGGCGGCUACCCGGCCGUUUUUGUCUGGAGCUAGACAUUACCCCAAAAACAAGAUACGACCCCUGAUUGGGCGGUAUGCUGCUGCCGCUGGCGGGGAGGACGAUGAGGAUGAGGAUGAUGAGGAUGAGGAUGAAGACGAGGAUGAAGACGAUGAGGCGGAUGGCGAGAACUAUGUCUGAGAAGAACAGGAGGUUGCAGCUGGGACGUCAAGAUCAGCCCAGGGAGCGAGCCGGCAUGCGGCAUGGGGAGGCCUGAAACAGCAGCUCGCGCACGCUUCGCGCGCUACGCUGUGCAGUAUCGGCAACGGCAUGGCAGUGCCCGAGGAAGAGCCCUUGCACAAGCUUGCGGGUGAGGGUGGGCUGCAGACCUGCCAGUGAGCCCGUUCAUGCGGAUCCACCCGGUUUGGAGGCUGCGUGGUGUGGUGGGGGCGAUGAUCCCGGGAGGACGGAUGAAGGAUUGCGGAGCGUGGGAUGUAGG